UAUCUGGUAGGGCAAUGUGUAACAUCGGUUGGUAAUAACCUACAAUUAUGACGGACGCUUGAACGAAGUGCGAAAGUAAUUUUAAUACCCGUGUUUUUAGACGCUGAAAGAGAUGUAUUAAUGCUUGCUUUUCUUCUGAUUAUAUGUGAGUGAGUUGUGAUUUCAAAAAAUGUAAUACGGUUUCUUUUGGUUCUGUGCACAGUAACUUUAAAGCGCAAAUUGUAAAUUGUACUUCACUGCAGUGACGUUAGGGUUACUGGGAUAGCCGAAACUAAUGUAAUUGACAGUUCCUGAAAUUCAGAAAACAAUAACGUGGACCAUGAAAAUGGAGCAUUCACGCCUGGCCCCACCAGAUGAUCUCUAUUCUGGUUACAAUGAGUAUCCCUCAGUUCUCAGCACUAAAGAUUUAUUAGAAGACGAAAUAUUCCAAGAAGCCAUUCGGACCAGUUAUGGGAGGAGACCAGUGCGCACAUCAAAACCCGGCACAGCCAUACGAUUAGGUACAGCAACAAGGCACCGUGAAGAUGAAGUUGAAAGGCUAAUGACAGCAAGGCCAAUGACAGCUGUGAGAGGUGCAGGGUACACUUCAUCUGCAGGUCAGCGCCAGUUUGACCCUCUAAAUCAAGCUGCAAAAGUUCCCACAACACCACAGCUGGAAGCAAAACGAGAAGAUUCACCAGAAGAGAAGAUACGAAAAUUAGAGCACAGAAUUACAGAGCUGAUUGAAGAAUCUUGUUUGGCAAGUAGUCGAGGAGAACAGAAGUUGGCACUGGAUAGAGCUAAGGAUGCCUCUAGCAAAGAACGCAGUCUCAUUCGCAUGCAGGAACAAGCAGGCCUCAGUGAAACACACAAUCUCGAUCUCACGUUCUCGGUACUCUUCAACCUGGCAAACCAGUAUGCCAACAGUGAGAUGUACUCUGAAGCUCUUAACACUUACCAAGUCAUCACAAGGAACAGGAUGUUUAACAACGCAGACAGACUCAAAAUAAAUAUGGGGAACAUUUAUCUGAAGCUGGGACAGUUCAGUCGUGCACUUAAGAUGUAUAACAUGGCUCUGGAUCAUGUUCCUGCAAUACACAAAGAUCUCAGAUUGAAGAUAAAACACAACAUAGGCAUUGCAUUUGUGAAGAUGGGACAGUUUAGUGAAGCGUGUUCCAAAUUUGAGGACAUUAUGCAAGAAAGGCCAGAUUAUGCCUCAGGUCUUCACAUGAUCUUAUGCUACUAUGCACUGGGCGAAAGAGAUAAGAUGAAACGCGGAUUUCAAAUGCUGCUGGAGUGUCCCCUUAACAUUGAUGAUGAUGAAAAAUACAAUGCUACAUCAGAUGACCCUGCAUCUAACCUCAUUCUGGAGGCGAUAAAGACGGACUCUUUACGGAAGCUGGAGCAAAGCAUGAGGCAGGAGGCAGAACGGAGCAUCCUGACAGCAGCAAAACUCAUCUCACCUGUCAUAGAACAUUCUUUUACUGCGGGGUAUAACUGGUGUGUGGAAGCAAUCAAGGUCUCCAGUCAUUCGUUGCUUGCUAGUGAUCUUGAAAUAAACAAGGCUGUAAUGUACCUCAAACAGAAGGAAUUCUCUCAAGCUGUUGAUACUCUUCGAGCAUUUGAGAAGAAAGAGAGUAAAGUAGCUAGUGCAGCUGCUACCAAUCUUGCCUUCAUCUAUUUCCUGCAAGGUGAUAUAAAUCAGGCAGAAAAAUAUGGAGAAAUGGCUCGGCAAGCAGACGGCUACAAUUCUGCUGCAUUUGUCAACUUGGGAAACUGCAGCCUAGCCCGAAAUGAUGUUGAGAAAGCCAAGGAACUGUUUGCUUGUGCUCUGGAUAGUGAUGCCUCAUGUGUGGAGGCUCUUUACAAUCUAGGUAUUGUGAACAAACGACUGGGGCUAUAUGAGGAAGCCUUGGAAUGCUUUCUAAAGCUGCACGCUAUUGUGCGCCAUCAUCCAGAGGUGCACUACCAAUUGGCAAACAUCUAUGAGCUGCUUGGGGAUGUGGACCAGGCAUCAGAAUGGUACCUUCAGCUUCUUGGACUUGUGCCUACUGACCCAGAAGUUCUGCAUAAGAUGGCAGAAAUAUAUGAUAAUGAUGGAGACAAACAGCAGGCAUAUCAGUAUCAUUGUGACUCAUUCCGGUAUUACCCUUCGAACUUGACGGUGUUGGACUGGUUAGGGUCCUAUUUCAUUGAGCAUCAAGUGCCUGAAAAGGCAUUAGACUACUUUGAACGGGCGGCUCUUAUGCAGCCCAAUGAGGUGAAGUGGCAACUGAUGGGUGCUUCCUGUCAUCGAAGAAGUGGAAAUUAUCACCAGGCACUACAAGCUUAUAAAGACAUUCAUGCCCGUUUCCCAGAGAAUAUAGAAUGUUUGAAGUUUCUUAUCCGUCUCUGCAGUGAUUUAGGUCUUAAGGAGGCAACAGAAUAUGCACUUGAGUUGAAAAAAGCAGAGAAAGCCAAGGAAGUUCGUGAGAGAAUUGGUAGCAGCAGGCCAGGAUCACUGCGGAGUGGAAGUGGUCGCUCAUCUCGUGGAGGACUCAACAGCCCUCUGAGUGACUCAUCCCAGCUGUCUGCAGGUACUCAUCGUAGUCCACCUGUGCCUUCUCAAGUUUCACGGCUGCAUAAGAUGGCACUCCUUGAGACCAAUGAAUCUUAUAGCGUCACCAUUCAGCAUAGAGAUAUUGAUGCUAGCUACAGUGAUCCAUUGGGUCCUCUUGCAGAGAGACCUCGCACAUCAGCGGGCCGCAAACCUCUGAACCAGCUUGAGGAUGAGUUUGGUGAUGAGGAGUUAGGAGAGGAUCUACUGCCUGAAUAGGAUCCCUGUCCUAUAACUGUACUGAUUCAUCUGACUCGCACCUGUCCGUCAGGAACCGCAACAUUCGCACUCUGCAUGCCGUGUGUCGCACUUGCACCUGUUGAAGGGAUUCGGCUCCUAACAAGGGUUAACUGAGAAGAAGAGCCGUCCAAUCAUUAACCUUGUUACAAGCUGACUGACGGGUUCAGCGUUACACCAUGCUUAGGAAUGUGAAACAUGAUUUAAUAUGGCUUGGUCAUGUACGGCUGAUUCCCGAGGCUGGAGGACGUUGGUACGUCUGUGGUCGACAGAGUUGCCAAAAUGUUUUGCAGAAAAAGUGAAAUGUCUCGCUGGAUACUGGAAAUUAUCUCCCCUUGAGGAAACUGAGUGAAGUGAUGUAUCUGAUAAUUGUUGUUAGAAGUACUUCACAUUGUAGUUGUACAGUUAAAUGUUGCGGGUGUUUUGUAGCGUAUUAUUUUAUUUGUCGAGUUACAAAUAUAAUUAUUUUUAAAGUAAUGCUGUUUUUAAGAUUCAUGUAUUUAUUAUCGUGAAAAAUUGAAAUAUAGGUGAGUGAACGUGUUGUAGUA